AUGGCUAACGAGCCCAACGACAACGACCACUUCUACGAAUAUCUCGUGGACGACCCGGAGCAGAUGAUGGCUUCGACGCCGUUGUCCCCGCACUUUUCUCCCAACAUGUUCGGAGGGGCCUUCGACGUCCGCGUUCGCGACCGCCCGCACCACGCCACUCGGCUCGGGAAUCAGCCCAUGUCGAGUCCAGGCCACAAUCGACCCAAUUUGAUGGACGAAACAGUCAAGCGCGCGACCGUGAACCCAAUUCAAAGCAUCGCGGGUGUGCCUGGACCAGUCACGGCGCAAGUGCAACAGCAGCAGCAGCAGCAGCAUCAUCACCAGGUCCAGGUUCCCAACCUUCAACAGCCGCUCCAUCAUCCAGCUCUGGGUCUGGGGGGUUUGUCUGAGCUGGAGUUGACGGCUGGAGCUGCGGCUGCCGAGAACCAGGGUAACCACCACCACCACCACCACCACCACCAACAGCAACCAGACCAAUUCGUUGCCGCUGCAGCUGCAACGCCGUUCGCUGAUCACCAGGGUCUGCCCGCUCUGCUCCAUGCGCAACAAGGGCAUCUACAGGCACCCGCCACAUGGUUCCCGCCCGGAUAUGGAGCCCCGACAUAUUGCGACAACCAUCAGCAAGCCGCCGCUGCGCCCGUCUCCUCCUCUUCCUCCACCGCAGCUGUCACCGCAGCCGUCACCGUAGCCAAUCCGCCCGUCACGAUUUCUGCAGUGGGCGGACUGGGCAAUGGUAACACUGGCGUAUUCGACUUUGGCUUUGCUGCACCACCGCUGAGUGAGCAGUCGUUCCUUGGCGGAGACUAUGCCAAUAUCACGCCACUUUCCACAGCAGCUGGAGCAGCCGUGACAGCUCACUCGCAGCCAACAACCGCCUUCGGUUUUCAUUCCUCGCCAUGGCGUCCCACGCUUCAAGACAGCAGCUCCGUCACUCUGACCCCGAACAUUGCAGCCAUCGCCGCGGCCGAGCUCAACCACGACGUCCGGAAACAUAGUAAAGGCAGUAUGGAGGACGACAGCGACGUCAAGGACCGCUCGUGGGGCGACGGCGACGGCGACGGAGAUGACGACGACAACGACAACGACAACCGUGACCGGAAGCGAGGCGGCAAGGCCGGGGUAAGCAGCAGCACGUCGCCUAGACCUCGGAGGCACCAGCAACAGCGCAAUGGCAAGCGCCGCGCCGUGGCCAACGGCACCGGCGCGGGCGCGGGCGCGGGCGGCGGUGCCGGCGAAGACGAUGACGAACCCACCAGCCCCGCGGGUCGCACCAGCGUCAGCGGCCGAUCGGUGAAGUCUGUCUCGGCCGCCUCGACGACGGGCUCCAGCAGCAAGACGACGGCGCCGGCCCCGCGCCUGCGCAGCGCAUCGCGCACCUCCAAGAACGCAUCGCAGAAACCCGCCGAAACCGCCGAGGAGCGCCGCACCCGCGCCUCGCACAACCUCGUCGAGAAACAGUACCGCAACCGACUCAACGCGCAGUUCGAAGGCCUCUUGAACGCGCUGCCGGAGCAGGUGCGCGGGCCGGCCGGGACGGAGGGGGCCGGAGGCGGGGGCGGAGGCGGAGGCGGAGGUGGAGGCGACGAAUCGGAUCCGCAGCCGGCCGAUCAGGAGAGGCGGGUCAGCAAAGCCGAAGUGCUGGACAUGGCGCGCCGGCACAUCAGGAGCCUGGAGCAGGAGCGGGACGAGCUGCAGCGUGAGCGGGGGGAUCUGUUGCGCAACCUCGAAAUGAUGGAGCGGGAGAUGGCUGCCAACGGCGGAGGCCGGCUAGACGAGUUUCUCGACGUCGAGGGACCUCCGGACGACAGAGGCGAGUCAUCGUGGAGGGACGCGUGA